CCAACACCCGAGGCUAAGAAGAAGAACAACGUGCAACAAUGGUUAGCAUAAGUAGUUAGCUGUGUGUUUUACAAGGUCUUUGCAUAAAUCAACCAAAUACUCCAGGAAGCCAAAGUCUUCCACUGCAUUUUUAUAUCUACAAUCGCGCCGCACGCCACGACAGGUCUCCAAGCUAGAGAUCCCUUUAGGUUGAUGUGAUACAGUAACACUGUAGUUGGUAGUCCUGUGGCCAAAAAAAAUAAUGUGCUGCAGCUGAAGAUGGGUGGUAGCGGCUCCAAAUCCAGAGGAUUUUGGCCUUUUUCUGGCUCGGGCAGCGUCGAUGACUCAACAAAAGAUGACAACGAACAAUCACUGGCGAGAGUCCGAAGUUUUCCCGGUGCAACACCAUUUGUGUUCACCAGACGAGGCUCCAUGUUCUUUGACGAAGACGGCGAUUUGGCCCACGAGUUCUACGAAGAGACAAUAGUGACAAAGAACGGACGCAAGAAAGCAAAACUGAAGCGCAUUUAUAAAAACUUGACUCCUCAGGGAAUUAUAAAGCUGGAGCACCCCUGCAUCCACGUGGAUUUCCCGGUCGUCCUCUUCGAAGCCUGAUGCUGACUUGGGCUUCUUUUGCUGCUGGAAACCUUAACUCCAAACGUCAAUCUGUGCCCCACUUCCUACAGGACAAUAUCUAUGCUGAAACACUGCAUGUGAACUGUUUUCUCACACCGUUCAGGCAGGGAGCUGGUGCAAGUGUACAUCGCUAAAAUGCAUGUAUGUGUAUACGCCGUGACCAUGUGGACGUAAACACCGCAAGUUGUAACAUGGUUCUGAUUAUCCCAAGUGAAACACGGUCACGACUGGAACAGGAAGUGCACGCCUUAGUCUCAGACUCCACAACAAGCUGUCUUAUGCAUGGAAAAGGAUGGGAUUCGCCUUCAGAGUGAGGGGAAAUGACAAUCCGUGGCCCUUUACGCUCUAAUUGUAGAUUCAGCCAGUCAACGCUGAGCGAGCAGACCUCAGCUACUAAUGUCCUCGGCAACAGCGAGUCCAAUACAACACAUCUUCUGUUUGCAAUAUCCUGUGCCACCUUUAAUUUAUUAUUAAAGCGUUUUUUAACUAGAAAUUAAAAUGGCUCUUUUGGAUU